AUGGUGUUCAAUGCCGAGGGCGAGCACCUGGAGACGGUCGGGUACGACACGCCGACGGGCGCCGGCGGUGCGGUCGUGCACGGCGGCGACAACCAGACGGGUGAGGGUGACGGCGAUGACGAGGACGUGGCGAUCAAUCUGGCCGCGGUGCCGGAGGAUGUCGCCUCGCUGGUCUUUGUACUCUCUGCGUACGGGCGGGCCUCGUUUGGGCUCAUCAAGUCGAUGUACGCGCGGCUGAUUGCCAACGGCGAGCCCGGCUCGCCCGACGACGGGCUUGAGCUGAGCAAGUUCAAGCUCAAGCUCCGCGAGGGCAACGACUACUCGGCGGUGGCUGUCUGCCUGCUGUCGCGAUCGCCCGAGGGCAAGUGGGUGCUGGAGGCUGCCGGCGUCACGGCGUCGGGCGUCGACCAGCAGGCUGUGCUCCCGCUCCUCUCGUCGCACGUCAAGGGCGAGCCGCCGAUGCCGGACUCGGUCCACAUGACGCCCGGUGACUGGCUCUCUGUGGCCGGCGCAAACAAGGUCGUGUUUGGCCUUGGAUGGGAGGCGCCAGACUCGGCAGUCGACCUUGACGCGUCGGUCCUUGUCUUUGACAAGAAGGGCAAGCUGGUGCAGGCCGUCUACCACAACAACAUCGAGGGUAAGAUCAAGGUCGAGUCGGUGCCGGAGGAGGCGCGUGAGUCGGUGCCUGUCGACGAGAGCGGCAAGGCGACCGUGAUCGUGCACUCGGGUGACGAGCGCGCCGGUGCGUCGGAGCACGAGGAGGACGAGCGGAUUGUGUUCAACCUUGCGGCCAUGCCCAAGAAGUGGGCGCGGUGCGUCUUUGUUGUCUCGGCCUACGACGGGACCUUCGACAAGGUCGACUCGUGCUUUGUCCGCAUGUCGGACGUCUCGCGCGGCGCCGACGCCCCGCACGAGCUCAUGCGCAUGGACCUCACCCUGCCUGAGGGCGACCGCGACAAGUUCAACGGCCUCAUCGUGGCCGAGCUGUACAAGGACGCUGCGUCAGGCGAUUGGGUCAUCCUCGGCCGCGCAAACAAGACCCGCCAGUCCGGCCUCCAGGAGCUGGCUGACCUGGUCAAGGAGAAGAUUAUUCUCCAAAAGUGAGAAAACGCGCUCGCGUCAGCUGGGUCGCCUUGCACAAACAAACCCCCCUAACAUCAAACACGGAACAU